UCGUGGUGGAAAAUAGACCGUAAAUGAUCUAAUACGACACGUCGCUGGUGUAAAUUUGCGAAGAAGACGAACGCGGUAGUAAUAUCAUCAUCAUCAUCAACGUACUAUCCAGCCCGGUGGAGAGGACAGUUAUGGCCGCCAAAAGCUUAGGAAUAUUACUACCGACUUUCCUAAGAAGACCAUCUCGUGCUUUUCUUCUCUCUAUUCACAACAAAAACAGCAACAAACUCAGCAAUAUCCACUCUUUCUCUCACCAUUUCACCCUCGGUUCUCCUCCUCCUAUUCUUGGUUCCUCAGGAAUAUGCCAGUUGGCACAUGCUAUAAAGGGGGACAUUGAUGUUUUACUCAAUGGAGUGGGAGACAAAAAUACUAUUGAAGAAGUGAAGCAUAUUCUAGAAAUGGCUAGACGGGCUUCAUCAAGAAGAGAAGUUUUCCAUUCGAAUUUUCUCACCCCUCCAGUGUUGAAGGAGUCAAUGCUAGCACUGGAAAAGCUAGCCGAUGUGAAAGCAGUUGCUCAAGGAGGAUAUCCACAGGCUGAGCGCUGCCGGAUUUCUGUUGGGCUACCUGAAGUACUUACUAGUGAUCCAGAUACAGUUGCAGCAUUGAGUAUCACAGGAAACUUCGGGUUCCAAUCUUGUUCUCAUGGUGAUUUCCUUGGUGCAAUUCUUGGUACAGGGAUUGCCAGGGACAGACUAGGAGAUAUACUUUUGCAGGGGGAAAGGGGAGCUCAGAUCGUUAUUGACUCGGACCUUGUUGAUUUUAUCAUAGCAGCACUUGACCAGGUUGGUAGAGUUCCAGUAUCUUGUACAAAGAUUCCGUUGUCUGCUCUUGAUUAUGAACCACCGAGGACUAAGACAUUCAAAACUGUAGAGGCAUCACUAAGGGUGGAUGCUCUAGCCAGUGCAGGAUUUAAAAUGUCGCGGUCUAAACUGGUUGACCUAAUCAGCAACGGGGACGUGCGUGUCAACUGGACCCCUGUUACUAAGAAUGGAACUAUACUCAAGACGGGUGACAUUGUCUCAGUAAGCGGGAAAGGAAGAUUGAAGAUAGGAGAAAUUAACUCAACAAAAAAGGGAAAGUUUGCAGUUGACCUUAUUCGUUACCUGUAAUUUUUAUGAACAAUGUAAAUCAUAUUGAUAGAGUUGAAGCCAUUUUCCAUGAAGUGGGAGAUUCUUCAUUUUGCAACUCAAAUGGUCUCUUGAACAUUAACUUAAUCUGAAGUUGCGUCAAAAGUUGGCCAUCAUUUUCGAGCUUUAGAGUCUAGUAUA